ACCCUGGCGUAAACAGUUUGGUUUAACAAUAUCGUCAUGUUUAGCUUUACUUUGGUCAAGCACAUGGGAAAACUCUUUUAACGAUGCCUUCCAGUCGGCGUUCGGAGAUUCUGUCUCAUAUUGUAGUGGCCGUAUUAUCUUCCCUAAUCAUUUGUUCUUUCAUGCUUGUGAUAAUUAAUGUACAAUUUGGGGAGAUUUUGGCUAGACAAGACGAGCAGAUUAAAGAACUUAAGGUUGCCAUUGCAGAAGCCAAGGCAUGCUGCAGGAAAAAGGAAGCCUCCACAGCUGUGAGUCCGUUGCCCACCCCCGCAGCUUACCAACAUGCAGAGAGACCAGUGCGCUCCAUCAGACACCGGCGGAAAAGGCGUCAUCAAGAUAAUCGUCGCCAGGUGGUCAGAGAUCUGCGACACAAAGUGAGUGACUUGCAACACAAAUUUAAUAACAUUCUAGCGAUGAUCAACUCGCCCCCGAUCCCAGCCAUCUUCCAAGUGACAGCAGAGAACCAAUCACACAACGUCAACAACUACACGGUGUAUUGGCAAGAAGAAAAUACCGACAUUUUGGACAGCGACGAGGAUCCAACCUUAAUUGCUGAAUCGGACCCGGUACAUUAUGGCAGGAUCGUUGGAAUCAAAGUGAAGAAACAAGGCUUUUUCUCUGUCUAUGCACAGGUCAAAUUCAAAGGAGUUCAUAGAUCUAUGGGCAGGGUCGAUAAACCAUACCAGACAUACUACAUCACGAAGGCACCGGAUGGCCUUCCUAAUAAGAGAGUCAUUUUGCUAGAGAAGACGAUAACGCAGGCUUCACCAGACAGGAGAAACCGCGGCAAUAUCGAAGCAAUUGACAUGGCCUUCAGCAGAAAGUUUUUCUACCUGGAAGUCAACGAUGUGGUUUACCUUCAGAUUGGGCAGAUGAUUUCGCAUGUCAUAUUUGACAAGGAAACGUACCUAGGUCUUGUUUAUUAUGGCGACAAGCGAAGUGACUAUAGUGCCUGAUAAGUGCAAACAAGUCAUACUUGACUUAAUCGUACGUUUCCACGACCAAACAAAAUUGAGUUUUCAGUGUGUUCAUUCAGAGGUCCACUUGGUAUUCAGCACUGAGAAUGAACAUGUAACUGCGACGUUGGUUGAACAGACAAAACAGACAUGAAAGAAAACAUGCAAACUCACCUUUCGUAUUUCCAGUUUGGUCAGUUUAUAUUUCCGAAGAUAACGGGUGUGCAUCUGGGGUGUGCCAUCUUGACCUUCAAUGUAUUGACAUUGCCACGCUUCCACACAACGGGCGUCAGUAUGGGCGGAGGCAAUAUCGCUGGAAGCUCAGCAUAGUGUGCGUGCGUGACCUGCUUGCAUCGUGUGAGGGUUUAUGGCGGCGUUAUUGGUGAGUUUGGUGUGGCUGUCCAUGUGUCCCGAGCAUGUGAGAAUGAAAUGUUACCGCAGCGAUCGUAGGGGAAGAUUUAGGCAGCAGCGCGUGACUGGAGAAGGUCGACGAAGGCAGUGGACGGCCUCUAUAUCAUGCUCCAGAUGGAACCAACAGAUUUAACUCAAGUGGCCUAAGUCAAUUACAAGUCUGUCAACUUUAUUCAUUACGUUAUUUUACCACUUACCUCGUAGUGAAACGAAUUCAGGCCUAGCCAAAUACACGGUCUAUUGUCUGUAAACAAAGCCCGCUCGCACCUAGGCCUAAAUACGUACUGUUCUACUGUCUUAUCAUAGGGUUAUCAACGCAAAUCUUGAUAACAUCAACCUCACGUAACAUCUUUCAUGGUGGUCGAUUCGCCUAAACCAAAAUACACGUAGUGUUUUUUACACGUAGUGUUUUAACUUCACUUGGAUUACAAAUAACACAAAAGAUGCAAGAUAGAGGGUUGCUCAGGGAGUAACAAACCUUUUAGCAAAGUUCUAAAAAUAUUUUCCAAAUUUAGAGUAUAAAACUUAUAAACCUUUGGUUUUGAUUUAUAUGUGGAUUGAUGUGUAUUGAUGUACAUGAAACAACGUGUCAACAUGAUGUUAUUAGCUAACAUGCUUUCUAACAACAGAGCCCUUUAUGCCAAGUUUGCCGUUAAGGCCUAGGUAUUGUAGGGCAAGGUUUCGCUGAAUCUAUUCAGAGUUUAUAAGAAAUACAUAUUCAUGCAGCGAAUGAUUACUUAGUACAAUUUUUUUACAACUUUAUUGUUGUACCAGUCCCUUUUCUGGAGACGAGGUGGUCAACGAAUGUUUUAAUUCUAUCAAGGUUCUGAUGGCGUUAAAGAAUGCAUUACGCAAUGUUUAGUGUACAUUUUGUAGAUCGUAUCUAAUCAUGUACUAAGUCCCGGUGACUUAAAUUCUAGUUCGUGUUUUUGAAGUUGGGCGGAAAUCGUUAAAUGACACAGAAUACAACGACAAGUCCAGAGGUCCGGCGCUUCUUUGGUCGCCACUGUUUAUAGCGAAAAACCAAUCAGAAUGCCUGUUACAUCGGGCAUGGUGGGGAUAUUGAAACUGCGACACAUUCGCGGUUGGGAAUUAUUUGAAAAAGUCAUAUUUUGUAAAAGAAGAAAAGAAAAAGAAGAUGAGUUUUGGCAUUGAUUCCAUGACUGUGCUUUGUAAAUAUACGUGUGCUGCACAUGCACGACUUUGUAUUUUUCUAGUUUAAUAAAAUUUUCACGAAUG